UGCGCAGGGCUGGGGGCGCAGGCGCACUCGCGGCCCCGCGUCCGCCGCGUCCCGAGUCGAAGUUCCCCAGUGGAGGAACAGACAGUCUUGCGGAUGGCCCCACUACCGGGGGCAGAGCUGGUCCAGAAGCCGCUGCAGCUCUACCGAUACCUGCUGCGCUGUUGCCGGCAGCUGCCCACCAAGGGCAUGCAGGAGCAUUACAAACAUGCUAUCAGGCAGAGUUUCCAGGUUCAUUCAGAUGAAGACAAUCCCGAGAGAAUCCAGCAGAUCAUUAAAAGAGCCAUUGAAGAUGCCGACUGGAUCAUGAACAAAUAUAAAAAACAAAACUAAGACUCCAGGGCCCAAGGAGUGAAGCUGUCCUGAAGACACUGAAGUUGAGAGAUCUCUCUUCUGGAACUAAUCAACUGUAGCAGUUCUGGAAUAUCCAUUGGCCUUGUUGGAUGAGAGAACAGGAAAUCAGGGGUAGGAGAAACGGACAUUUGCUCAGAUGGCUUUUCUCGCCAUGUUUGUGUCCCCAUCGUUCUUUACGUCUGCUUUUCCAGUCGGUUUAGGUACGAGAUUUGGGGAGAAUGUGGUUUUUCACUUUGCUUUGAAAGUGAUUCAUUUAUUCUGGGCGUCAUUCUUUGAGACUGCAGUGGGUGUCUUCUUGGAUGGCAGCCUGUCCAGAGGACAGGGCAUGGAUUUUAGAACCAGACAGAUCUGAAUUUGAAUCCCAGCUCAGCGGCUCUGCAAGGGUGUUGCCUUCGAGCUCAAUUUCCACCUUUGUGACAUUUGAAUAAAAUGAAAUUGAAGAGCCUGACACACGUGUGGUACCAGGAGGUGCCAAUAAAUGUCUCUCAGAGAAAGCCGUCCUCCCCGCUGCCUCUUCUACUCCCACUGUGCUCCAUGCAUCCGUCUUUUCUCCGUGCAGCCCAUUUCACGCCGGAUCUUAGUUGAUUGAUUGUGGACUUGUCCUAUCCCUGCUUGUCACCUCCCGAGCCCCUGAGCCUCACAGUCACACUCUGCCCAGCAGCCUGCCAAGCAGCCACUCUUCCUAACACCGGCGCUCCCUGCCCAGAGAAGCAGAAGCCUGGUCCUUACCUUCAUGGAAUUUACAGUGUCCCAGAGUGGUGAAUGCAGCCUGCGUGAAACAAGAACACCAAAGCGGCUGCAGUAGUGCCGAUGUGUUUAGGCUUUUGUGAACCUGCAAUCCAUCUUGACUGACCCUUCCCUCUUUUGCCACCAUCUUGGAAGGAAAGGAGGGAGGAAGCAGGCAAGCGGUCAUGUAUGGUCUCAUGAGCCUGAAAUUGGUGGAGAAAGCCAGACCCGGCUCACAUCCCAAUUCCACUCAGGUUGUUCUUUCCAUGACCUUGCACCAUUCAGCCUUGGUUUCUCCGUCUAUCCAGUGGAGUAAUGACCGUUCCUACCUGCAGGGCCAUGGUAAGGAGUACUUAGCUCUAAUCAUGCGCAGUGCUCACCCAGCACCUGGCCUGGGGAGCCGGCUGCACGGCAGGCCAUUACCAGCUACCACUGUUAAGGAGCGCUGCUCUGCAGAUGGGAGAUGGAAGCUCAGAGAGGCUGAGACCCUUUUCAAGGUCACAAAGCUACUAAGCCAGAUUCCACCUCUAAGGUGAGAUGACACGGUAGGCCAUCAUUGUCAUUGGCAUUGAUGCUACAAUCAUUUCCCGAGCCGUUUCGCUUCAAUUCAGUGCAGUUCGAUGUGUCGUUGAGAUGCUACUUAUUCUAAGCCUCAUACUAGGCAUUGAGGAUACGGCCCAGCAUCUUCAAAUAUGGCUCUUGUGUCCUCAAGAGGCUUACAGUCUGGAGGGAAGACAGACAUUAAAGAAGUAAGUAGUAUAUGUCUAUUUAGAAUCAUUGUCAAAGGAAAGCAUAGCAGGAGGACCCAACCUCAUCUGGAUGGGUAGGACGGAGAAUGGACUUAGGGAAGGCCUCCCAGGGGAAGUAAGACUCCAGCUGAGAAUUGAAGGAAGAGGUUUUUUGUUGUUGUUGGGGGUGUGGUGUGAUGAUGGAGGCAGGAAACAAAGAGCGUUUCAAUGGAAAAUACAGCAGAGCAAAGGUCUAGAGAGCUUGGCAUGUUCACGGGCUCAAAGGGAGUCCAGGUGUUUCUCAGCACAAGGAGCAGGGUCCUAGGGGAUGACCAGGAGAGCCCAGCCAGAGAGCUAUGUGGUGGGUGUGAGGCUUUACGCCGGCAGAUUGGGCAGCCUGGGUUGAGUGUCUGGGAUGUGUUCUACGGGGCAAGUAGGAAAUGCUGGUAAUACGGGGACGGUGCCCAGCUCAGUAACAGCAAACUCUUCCAGUGCGCUUACUGUGUGCCAGUCCUGUGCUAAGCACCUGACACACGUUAGUUAACUCACAUAAAGACCUGUUAGAAUCCACGUCUGUUUUCUGGUGCAGGGAGGCAGGACCAAGCCAAAGCCGCUGAGGCAGAGCCAAGAAUCAGCUGCUGGGGAGCCCAGAGAACAGAGGCAAACCCUGCAGAGUAGUCUGGAGCCAAGUGCUCAGGGCCUGUCAGAGACGGGCCUGAGGAGCGCAGGCUGGGAAUAAUCCAGGAGCGCCAGGUGACGGGCACAGAUGGCUUUGGGCUUCCUUCGUUGAGCUUAAAGGGCAGGAGAUGCCUCACGCCCAGAGCCUGGUAUGCCAGGCUGGUCUGUCUCCUGCCUUUGGUGUGAACUGUCGGAAACAGUGGAGCUGACUCAGACGCUCCUGCAGAGCGUCUGUGGACAGCGGAAUGCAAAUGCUAGACCAAGACAUGAAUAAGUAGUUGUAUUUCUGUUACGAAGAAAACCUGAGUUUUAACUGGUACCAGCAUUGACUGGCUGGUCAUCUGUCAAGGGGCAAUAUGGGUAAUGUCCACUACAUGUCCAUCUCAGGAGUAUGGCGUGGGGUUGGGUUUAGGGACAGGAUGGCAUAAGGAAAAGUACCCUGGUCUGGAGAGGGUGGCCUCUAGUGCUGGUUUUGCUAUCUUCUAGCUGUGUGAGCUGGUGUAAACCACUUGCUCUAUCUUAAUCUCAGUGUUCUCAUCUGCAAAAUGGGCUUUAUGGGAUUGUUAUGAGGAUAAAAUGAAAUCUUAUGUGUGAAAGCAUCUUUCACAUGGUAACACGUCACUGUGUCAGGAGUGACUGGCUGUGUUCCAAACCAACGUUAAACUGGCGUGUCCCAGAAGCCACCUUUAUCGUUUGGCGUAAUUUGGGAAAUGUAUUUGACAGAUAUCGAUGUGUGCUUUCAAGGCAUUCUCUUCCCAGAAGCAGGCCCAGAGAAUGCAAAUGAGGGUCAGAUGGUCGCAUGUGGCAGGCUCUCAGCAGAGUGGACAACUGCCACAGUUGCUGUUUCAGUGUCCUUUCCCUCUGUCCUUUCCCUCUCUCUCUGAUAAUAACACUCUUAUCUGACUUUGCAAGAACCAGCUAUCCUCCACCCAGAUGAUCAUGACUAAGUCCCGUCUAUGGAGAAAUCCGAGAGGGGUAGAGUCACGUGGGCUGCAGAGGUCAGAGAGAGGUUUGAGCAGACCCAGGAACUUGAGCUAGAACCUGAAGGGUAGGUAGAAUUGGGAUAGUCAGCGGGAGGGAGAGGCAUUUCGGAUAGAGGGAUCAGCAAGAGCAAAGGCUCACAUCAGUAAAUGUGGCCAUGUGCUGAGACUCAGACUAGAUGGCAGGGUGUUUGCAGGAGAUGGAAGAUAAUCAACAAAGCAAAUCAGCCACAAUCCAGAGUCUGGACUGUAUGCAUGGCACCAACCAACUUACUACACUCCUGUCCUUUCUUGGUCACUCGUUUUAUGAUCCAACAUCCAUCCACUCAUUGUCCGAAAGUUCUUUCUUAUGUCUAACCCAAGUCCACACUGCUAAUGUAAAGUCGUUUACCGCAGUUUUGUCUUCAAAAGAGGCAAAAGACACAGUUUAUGGAAAGUCCCAGCAUGAAAAAUAUACUGAUCUUGUCCCCGUGGAAAGCUUUUAGCAUCUAGAAUACCCAAGUAACUGAAGCAGCUGGAUCCUGCCUCCAGGAAGGGGCUCUGGCAGCCGCGGGGUGUUCCUGUUUGUCGUCUUGACUGGUAAAGGACUUGAGAUUCUCCCAUUCAGCUCAUGUGGAUGAAGCCACAGUGAAAAGGAAAGAAAAAAGAAAGAAUUCAUCUUCUUUGGAAUAAAAAUAUUUUAUAGAUGCCACAUAGCAUAUUGAGGUACAAUAUUUAAAAGAAAAAAAGGCACAGUUUUUUAAAAAGCUAAAUGUUUAUUUCUGAUUUAAAAAGUGAAUGAGUUCUGGCAUCAGAGAGACCUCGGCUCAUAUCGUGACUUGGACAUUUGCUAAUUGUGAGAACUUAGGCAAGUUACUGUACUUUUUUGAGCCUCAGUUUGCUUACCUGUAGAAUGGGGCAGAUGGAGUGGAGGGUAGUAAUCCUUUCUCCAUAGGCUUGUUCUAAAUGAUCACGAUAUAGCACACACAGACAGAGAGUUGACGAUCCUCACUUCUCAUUUUUUUCUGUUGCUCCUUUCAUUUAUUUGUCCCCUCCCAGACUUGCUUACCUGAUCUAAGCCUUAUGCCUGGCAGAGGAGACUCCAGGACAGAGGUCACAGCUGCUUUUCUUCAUUAGCACUUGGAGCCCAUCCGCCUCCCCUGCCCAGAGAAACAGGGAACUCCUUCUGGAGGUGAGCCCGUUUGUCUCCCUUUCAUCUUCCUUAUCAAGCCAGGGUGAUGACAUCGAGUGGCUUGAGACAUGUACCUGUGCUAUCAACUGCCCUUUGCACUGAAUUGAAUCAGAACUCACAGAUCAAAAUCUAUAGGUUGUUGCAAUUGGGGAGCUCAAGGCAUCCUGGCCUUACCCACUUGGUGCUGCUUUCCCCGAUAUUGAAAGUCCGUUUGGAUGCUUUUUAUGCGGGAAAGCACUGAAUAUCACUUUUUAAUAAGAAUUCCUUGUGGAGAAGUGAUUACAUCUUAGAGGCCAGUUGCCACUUCAGAAACCAAUGAUGUAGCUUUUCAGCAAGGAGCCUAAUUAAAAAAGCUUGGGCAAGUCCCCAAACUGAUGUGUCUCUGUGAGGCCAUGAGACAAGCCUAGUUUUGGGAUGAAAGAGGGAGACCCUUUCCUGGAAGCGAUGCCAAUGGACCAGAAUAAAUAAUUUUAUCCCACGCUCCUUCCCAAAGGCCCCAAGGAUUCCUCUGUUGGUGAAUCCCCGCCAGGAAUUACGGAGUGGGGUAGGGGCCAGGACUCCUUAAAACCUUUUCCUCUAAAUAACAGAGGGGUAUACUGGCUGAAGCCAUUUGUUUAACAAAUUAAUUUUCUAAUUCAUUGGUUCAUUUAAACAAUGAAUGUAAAUUUAUUUAGUUAUAGAACAGGUAAGAUAGUUGCAUGGUUCAAAAUUCAGAAGGUACCUUGUUCAAGCCUCCCUCCAACCUAUUUCCCAGCUACCUGGUUUUUCUCUCCAGAGGUAAAGCAACAUUACAUGUUCCUUAGGUCUUCUUCUGGAGACAUGCUAUACACAGAAAAGCUGUACAUAUUUCUUUCCUGUGCCUGGUUUGUUUGCUUUUUUAACCCACACGAAUGGUAGUCAUUUAUAAAGUCUGCCCUGAACCUUGAUUUCUUUAAACUUCAUAUACCUUGGAAUUCUUUGAAAACAAUGCAUAAAAGGCUUCAUUAUUAUUGGUUUUUAUUUCUUUUUUCUGAUGAUUCAUUUUAAUCCAGAGCCUGGAGGCAUCACAACUUUUUCAGUAAUCUCCUGUUGGGAGACAUCUGGUUUGUUUCCAUUCUUCUGCUAUCAUAAACAACACUGCAGUGAAGAACUUGGUACAGAUGUCAUUUCAGACACGGCCAAGUCUAUCUGUAGAAUAAGUUCCUAGAAGGGACUUGCUGAGUGGGAGGUAUAUACAUUUGUAAUUUUGAACGAUAUGGUGAAAUUGCCCUACAUAGAAGUUGGAUCAAUUUACACUUCUACCAGCAACUUGUCAGAGUGUUUGCAACAUGUGAGCAUGUUUUUGAGUAUUUAUUAUGUUCCAUGUACAUUGGGUGGCUAAAAAGGUGGAACUAGCCUUCCAUGGCUUCCCUUUGCUCUUCGCGUAAUGAGCAACCCCCUGUUGACCUUGUGUGACCCAGCCUGUGAGCUCCUUGCUCCCAUCCCAGCCUCAUUGCCUGCCUCUCUCCUGGCCCGAUUCACCUCUCCUAGGUACACCCACCCUUUUCAGUUCCCCAAACAUGCCAAGCUUUCUCCCCUCACAGGGUCUUUGUACAUGAAGUGCCAGAUGCCCGGAAGGUCCUUUCUUCCCUCUCCUCACGUAGUUAACGACUUUUAAUCCUUAGCGCUCAGCUCAUUCACCCUCCUUCUUGGGAACCCUUCCUUCAUCUCCAUGACUAACUCCCUUUGACUAGGUUAUUAGUUCCCUGGCUCCAUGUACUCCUCCUUCAAGGUCCAGAAGCUAUUAUCCAUUUCAUGUCUGUAAUUAUUUGUUCAAUGUCAUUCUUUCCUGCUGGUCUGUGAACUCCAGAAAGGCAGGGCCAUGUCUGUUUUUCUCGUCACUGUGUCUCCAGAGCCUAGCUCUGUACCUGGUACCUAGCAGACACUCAAUAAAUAUUUGUUGUUUGAUUUGAUUCAGUAAGAUCAACGGCUCUUUAUUAAGUAUUGACUAUAUGUGCGGGAAUUGUUCUAUGCACUGGGGGUGCAUUCGUGAAUAGAACAGAAAAAUCUCCAGCUCUCAAGGUGCUUAACAUUCUGAGAGUGGUUGGGGGAAGAAGCAUACAGUUAAUAGACAAAUAAACCAAUAAAUACAUGAUAUGUCAGAUUGUGAUACAUGCUAUGAAAAGAAAGAAAGCAGGGUAAAACAGUAGCACUAGAUAGGGAUGGGAGAGCCAUUUUAAAUAGUCUUUAGAGAAGGGCUCUUAAAUAAGGUGAUAUUGGAGCAGAGACUUGAAUGAAAUGAAGGAGUGGGCUAUGUGAAUAUUUGGAAAAAGAGCAUUCCAGAAGGAUUGGCCAGUGCAAAGACUCUGAGGCCGGUCCAUAAUAGGCCUGUUAGAGGAAUAGCUGGAAGACCAGCAUGGCUGACAUUAAGUAAGCAAGAGGACGUGAAUGAUGAUUGAUGGAUGAAUGAAUGACCUAAGAAAUUGGCAUGUAGUAGAAAAGGUAAAAUUUAUGGGGGGCAAAAACUGUAAUGUUAAAUCAAAAUUGACAAGGGUGUUCCACAAAUGGUCCUGGGACAAAUGGAUAUCGACAUCCAAAUAAUUGAACCUUUAUCUAUACCUUUCAUCAUCUAUAAACAUUAAAUCAAAAUGGAUCAUAAACCAAAAUGUAAAACUUAAAACUAUAAAACUUCUAGAAAAAAAAUAAGAGAACAUACUUGUGAUCUAGAAUUAGGCAAACAUUUUUUAAAUACA